ACAGCCCAAGUGGAGGCCGGGAUGGACUAGCUCCGGGAGUGUUCCGGGAAGGAGCCCGGGCUACCCACCGGUCUAGGCAAGAGAGCUAGACUCUGCGGAGAUAACGGAGACCGGCCUGGGCUUUCACAAAGACAAUCCCUGGGCUUUUCAAGACAAUCUACUGGAAUUCUGACUGCAGGGCUGGACCCAGGCUAGGAGAGAGGAGGGGAGGGGACCAGUUUCCACUCUGAUCGCUGGCAAGGGGCGCGGCGGGAGAGAGGGAGGGAGCCAGAGAGGAGGGUUCCUGAAGUCAGGCUUGUGGAGUCUCAUGGUCUUCAUGGUAUAGCAUUAGAGGAAGAUGGGAGUAAAAUAAGCUAUAGAGAUACAGACAUGGCUAUAGAUAUGCAAUGUGUGUGUGUGUGCAUAUGCGUUUCCCUUUGUGGAUCAUCGGCUCCUGGAGGGCAGGGGCUAUUUCAUUUGUGUCUUUUUAUCCUCAGCUCAUAGGCUGUGUCCCGCAUAUACAAGUGCUUAAUUGUUGAUUGACUGAUUGCAAUAUACUUCUGUGCUCUAAGCAGCUUUCUAAAACUUUAAGUUGUAGAGAAGGUGAUAGAGGGAGUUUCUUGAUUCUGGAGUUCCCUAUACUUAUGAAAUUAUAGGUCCCUUUCCUAUCCUCAUCCUAUACUUUUUAAACCAAGACAUGUGUUUCUUAAUUUUGUUCUUUAUUUUCACUCUGAGAGGAAGCUUGGGAGCAGAAGUGGGGUUCAGAAGUCAGGAAUACCAACCCCAGACCAUCUUUCCUCCAUCAAGAACCAAGGGAAACAGCAGAAAGCCCGGCCCACAUAGCGAAUGCUUAAUAAAGGCUAGUUGAUUGACAGAUUGAUGCAAAGAAGGGCACGACGAGUUAAAGACUAGAGCCCUCCUGGGUGCGGGGGUUUGAUGGAAUGUUCCACUUUCCCAAGGUGGGGGAGGAACUGCCCAGGAAGCGGCUCUUGUUUAACGCAAGAUCCCCAACAGAGCCUUGUGGUGGUCAAGCAGGGACAGUGAACAGAAUCAUCUGGGCUUCACCGACCAGAAGAAGCCCCGAAGAGAAGCUGCUCAUUCUCAGCCUGAGAAUGAGUCUCCCCUGUCCCCACUCCCCGGGGGUUUGUUGGAGCCGCCCUAGCGCCCCCUGGAGGCGGGACGGAGGCUGUCACGUGGCCUGCCUCGCUCUGGCCAGCGGCUCCCUCAGCUGGGCGGGUGCGGGUCCUACCUCAGGCAAAGAGGACAACAGAAAACAGCAUUAGUUUCCCCUGUGAUCUGGCCACCAUGCAUCAGGGACAUGGUGUUAGCCAAGGACCUCUCAGCCUAGCACAUGUGUGGCGACAGCCUCCCCGCCUUCUCAUUGUGGAUGCUGCAUGUCCCUCAUGGGGCAGAGUCUGUUCCAAUCUCUGUGAGGCUCUGCAGAAUUUCUUCUCUCUAGCCUGCAGCCUGGAAGGCCCUAGCCGCAUGCCCUUGUUCAGCAUGUAUGUGGUUCAGAGUCGACAUGAGUGUAUCCUUCCUUUUGUGCAGGUAAAAGGGAACUUUGUCCGGCUGCAGACCUGCAUCUCUGAGUUGCGCCUGGUGCCAAGAGAAGGGAUUUGCCAACAGAGAUCUUGUCUGAAUCUGGCGGUGCAGGAUGGGCUCCAGCAGUUCAAACAGUACAGCAGACAUGUGAUGGUGAGCACGGCUCCAAGCAGCACUUCAGUGGAGAUUACAGUUCUGACUUGCCAGUCUGGAAAAGACAUUGUUAAACAGCUGGAGGGAGAGUUACAAGACACAGACGUGGUGAGCCUCCGGAGACUGCAAGUCACCGAGAUCUCGAGGGGAGAUGUGCUGGAGUCGAUGGACUCCCUGUGGCCCAGCCAAGCCCCUGCUGAAGAGCUUAGUGCUGAUGAGUGUUCCAUCCUGGGCAUUGACAUUGAACUUCAGAUCAUCGAAAAUGACACUGUGAGCAUAGAGAGUUUCUUCAAAGCUUGGCUCCAAGACAGUGGGACAGACCAAGAGCAUCUCCAUCUCCUUCUUCCUUCACAGUGUUUCAGCAGCUUCUCCAGUGCCAGAUCGGAACCAAUGUGUCUGAAAUGUGAUCUUCAAGAGCGGCUUCUUAACCCAGCCCUCCUCCCUGGCACAGCAGAGAGCCCCGGAGGAGACUUCAGCUCAUUCUACCAGAUGGCCCCCGAAUCAGCAGCGUCAUGUUACAGACUCCGGGUGAUCAAGGCUCUAGAAUCCAGUGGGGUCUGCGAGUCGGUGACGUAUGGACUCCCAUUCAUCAUCAGGCCAACAAGUUGUUGGCAGCUGGACUGGGAUGAGCUGGAGACAAACCAGCAACGUUUCCAUGCUUUGUGUCACAGCCUGCAGAAAAGAGAGUGGCUGCUAUUGGCCAAAAGAGAGCCUCCAAGCCCAGGACCCAGCCAGAAUGGUCCCACCAGCACCUUCUACAUCAUCUUCCCAUCCAGUUCUCUUACAAUGCUUGUCAAGACGGUGGCCACAUGUGAGCUGCUGCUGCCCAGCUCCUUCCCUAUGCCCCCUGAGGACCCACCUGAGGACAUCCUUAGGAGUGUGGAGAACACCUUGGAUGGCUUAGAGGUGGCAUCCACCUAUAAUCCCCUGGAGAUUAAGAGCCAUCUAUAUGAACACCUGAGAAGCAUCUUGUCCAAGCCCCAGGGGCUACUCAGUUCAGGUCGGGAGCUCCGCCCCCCUAAACAGGUUGGAAGACUGCACCCGCACCGAGCCCGAGCUACAGUGCCCCCUCUGCCCCUGGUGCCCAGCCUGCCUCCUUCAAGGGCCCCAAAGAUGCCAGCAGCCAAAAAGGCAUCCUCAGAGCCUGUGCUAUUGCUUUCAGAUGAUGAAGAACAACUUUUCUGAGACUCAGAUUGAUUCAGCCCCACUCACAGCAAGAUCUGGGUAAAGUGUUUGUCCAGGCCUGCUCAUCCUCCUCCUCCACAAAGACCUGUGUGUGUGUGGGUGUGGGUGUGGGUGUGGGUGUGGGUGUCUGCAGCAGGCAGAACUCAUGCACUGGAGGCAGGGGGAUCUGAUUCGGGAUGUCAGCCCAGGACUAGGAUGGUUUCAAUACCUAGAGGUGACAGGAACCCUACCCUGGUAUGACGCUGUGUCAGCUCUCAAGGAUGCACACCCAGGUACACUGCCCCUUUCCAGCAGAGGGCCCAUCAGUGUACUUGCUGUUGCUAGGGCUCAAUUCAACAAUAACCUGGUUACCAUUCCAAGCUUUCUCUUCCCAUUGAAUAAAAAGCAGCUUUUCCCCCUUGGAGCCUUUAUAUGCAAACAAGCGGACUGGAUUUGGGAAACUGUGCCUUGAAGGACAGAAAUUCUGUUUGCAGAGCCCAGGCAGAGGACUCCGGCAGGGAAGGCCUGUCAGAGGUCAGAGGAAUAGCACAGGCAGGGUAUAUUCCAGAACACAGCAGAGUCAUGUUACAGGGUCCUGGUUACAGGACAGGUACAGGCCAUGAUGCGAGCACCUACUGUGGGCUAAACACUAAGAACGGGAACUCUGUCCUCAGACGUGGGAGCUCCUUUCCUGAGGUAUUCUAGAGUGUAAUCCAGCCCACAGGCAGAGCUAGAUGACUGUGUGUGACAUCCAGCAUCCUUUCUGAAACCCAAUCUUCUGCUGUGCCAGCCCAUACCUGG